AUGUCUGAAAAGAGAUCCAGUCAGCGGUUUCACAGCCUGAACGCCGAGCAGGUGGAGGUCCUCCAUCAGGUGCUUUCAGAGGUGGUUCCAAUCCACGGUCGCGGGAACUUUCCCACGCUGGAGCUGCGUCCUCGCGACAUCAUCAUAGCGGUGCGGGCUAGGCUGCAGGAUCAGGGAAUCGCGGUUAGAGAUGUUCGCCUGAACGGCUCCACAGCCAGCCAUGUCCUGGUUCGAGACAACGGAACCAGCUACAAGGACCUGGACAUCAUCUUCGGGGUGGAGCUGCCGAGUCAGGAGGAGUUCCAGGUGAUUAAAGAGUCGGUGCUGGGCUGCCUGCUGGACUGCCUGCCUGCCGGGGUCAACAAAGAGCGAAUCAGCAGCGCCACAAUGAAGGAGGCCUACGUUCAGAAAAUGGUCAAGGUCUUCAACGACCACGACCGCUGGAGCCUCAUCUCUCUGUCCAACAACAGCGGCAAGAACCUGGAGCUUAAGUUUGUAAGCUCCCUGAGACGCCAGUUCGAGUUCAGCGUGGACUCGUUCCAGAUCAUUCUGGACCGCCUCCUUGAGUCCUACAUGCAGCAGGACUCUCAGCACAGAUUUGAUGCUGUUAACGUGAAGGACCAGCUCGUAGAAGCUCAGAGAGACUCUUCUUCCGUGCUCAAUCAGACCACGCCUCCAGGUGCGGAGAAGCCCACCGUCCAGGCGUCUAAGGAACCAAGGGCUCCUGUCGGCCGGACACAGCCGAGAGACGAAGUGCAUGAAAAGGAGUCUCAGACAGAAUUCUCCCAACAAACUGAACAUGCAACCCAGACGAAACUCCGCAAAGGGGAAAAAGAGUCUGCAGAGCUGGAAGAACUGGCUGAGCACAAAGAGAAUGAGUCAGAGCAGACAUCUCUCCCACCUCGGUCAGACGAGACGGACACUUCUGAGGAGUCUGGCCUGCAGACUCAGUCUGACCUCAAACAGGAGCUCGUAGACGAGUCCAAGUCAUCGGUGGCGGUAGGACAGACGGAGCAACCGGAGCGCUGUGAUGGCCAGGAAGAACUAGCUAACCACUCAAACCCGCCCGAUGAACAGAGGGAGCUCACAGAGCAGAUGGGACGUUCUGAGACACCCGACGCCUCAACAAUACCUCAGGCAGAGCCUCUAGACCGUACAGCGGAGCUGCUCAGUACGGAGAAAUCUGAUCAAACCAACGUAUCCGAGCAUCUCACAGAGGAUCGGAGCAGCAACGAGGAAGAUAACAGUCUGCACGUGUCCGAUUCAGACACCAGCACGGCUUCGUGUGCAAAGAUAGAGACACAGUUAAGAAAUGAAGGAACGGAGGAAGAAACGAGCAAGGAGCUGGAAGCAGAGAGGGGGAAUGAUCCAGAAAUGCGUGAAAUGACUGACGAGGCUUCAGCUUUGGAGGAGAAACGUGGAGAAGACACACAGAGUAUUGAUUGUCCCUGCUCCGCCUCGUCCAUCCUUACACUUAGCAACACACAGCCUGCUGACACCGAGGAUUCACCGGAGAUUCACAGCACACAACUCACAGAUAACUCAGAGAAAGCAGCCGAUGCUGUCAACCCUCCAUUUACUCAGGAAAUCGUUCCCGCACCGCCUAGCCUUGUUUCUGACAGAAAGACCUCAUCCUCCCCCUGUUGUAAGGUCUCAGAGAGACUGUCUCACAUGGUGGUGCUCAAACACUCGUCCCCAAAGCCGCCUCGGAGGAUGUGUCGAAAGGUCUCCUCCGGUCCUCACCCCAGCCACGUCCCUGAAAACGAACGUACUGUUGCCUCCUGUCCAGAGUCCGAGUCCCCAGCAGAACCAGGACAGGUCUCUCAGCUGAAGCCAACAACUCCCACUUUGCACCCUGCAGUUUUCCCAGCAGAUUCUGGGCCUGAGCCUUCACUUCCCGACCUAACCUCAGCUCCAGUUCCAGCCCUGGUUGCGAUUUCCACAUCCCCGCCUGAACUUGUGUCCGCAGUACCUCCUGAGGCUUCUACCCCUCCCAAAAUCCCAGACGCUUCAGGUGAAGCAAGCUUAAAGGACACAUCAAACACACACGAGCAAAGCCAGUCCAGCCCUAGAGAGUCGCUCUCAGAACCCAAAGAACCAGAGCCUCGCAACUCACCAGGUCCGCCCAGCUCCAACACCCAAGAACCUCCACCCCCACCAGCUGAGGAAGCUGAAGCUAGCACGGAGCAGCAGACCCCAACGAUGAGCCUAAAUACCAGUCCUCCAGACAACUCCUGUCCAAAUGUCAUCCCUCCUCUUCUCAGUCUGUCCCCUCCUAAUUUCACACCCUCACCCCCCAGCCUCAGCCCUCCCCCAUGCUUGACCCCCCCGUCUCCGAUGCUGAGCACCAUGAGCCCCACCAGCUUCAGCUCUCCUCCUCAGAGUUUCAGCCCGACCUCCUCCUGCCUCAGCUCACCUCCAUACCUCACCCCUCCCAUGCUUAGCCUUAGCCCCCCUCCACUCUGUCCAACCCCACCCUCCCCCAGCCUUAGCCCUCCCCUCCUCUGCUUCACCCCACCAGUAGAGUCCAAGGACAUUUUACCUCAGGUGUGUUCAGACGUGGAGUGUUUGAUGGCGAAUGCAGACGUGGAUGAAGCCGCUCCCCAGUCAGCAGCUCCAUUACAGAUGGAGGAUGAAAAGGACCAUAACUGUAUCUCAUCGCUGCCUCAGGUCGCUGAGCCUGCAUCUUUUCCAAUCGCAAUUCCCAGUUCCACCUCACAUGCGUUGCCUCAGCCUCAGUCUGAAGGCUCAGGGGCAUCUGCCACUCCUAAACCCACUGAAGCGUUCAAACCUGUGCCUGACAAUAAAGAGCCCCCCGAGGCAACCGCAGACACGUCUGAACUGUGCAGCUCUCCUCGAGUAUUAGACUCCGUCCCCGAUGUCGAGGUCCUGGCAGAGAGCAUGUAUGGGGACUUCGAAGCAGCGAUGGACCACCUGCGCUACCGUUUGAUCGCUACCAGGAAUCCUGAGGAGAUCCGCGGUGGCGGCUUGCUGAAAUACAGCAACCUGCUGGUGAGAGAUUACCGACCCGCCAGUGAGACCCAGAUAAAGACUCUGGAGCGCUACAUGUGCUCGCGGUUCUUCAUCGACUUCCCCGACGUGCAGGAGCAGCAGAGGAAGAUCCUGUCCUACUUGAAGAACCACUUCAUCGGCGAAGAGAGAAGCAAGUACCAGUACCUGAUGACGCUGCGUCGCGUCAUCGAUGACAGCACCGUGUGUCUGAUGGGUCACGAGAGGCGCCAAACGCUGAACAUGAUCACCGUGUUGGCUCUGAAGGUUCUCGGAGAGCAGAACAUCAUACCCAACACGGACCACGUCACGUGCUUCUACCAGCCUGCCCCGUACCUUGCGGAGCACAGCGCCCCCUAUCUAGCAGAACCUAGCUACUGCAGCUACUACAUACCACAGGGGGGAUCAGCCCUGCUGUACCAGCCGUACCCUUUACACCUGCACCCACAGACGGGACUCGUCUGAGACUCACACGGGCGCACGCUAACUCCCACCGGAGCAGGGAGCCCGCGUUUACUAGAGCUGGAAAACGAAAAAUGUAAUCCAGGGAUAAAUGGUUUGGUCUAUAAUAGACCUUGCGGGGGUGGGAGUGAGUGGGAAACCGUAUUGAGUGCUCGAUACGGUUCUAACGUGAUGACAUCUAAUUAUCUGGGCUCUGUGGGAAAACCAAAAUUCUUCCGAAGUUGUUCAAAUUCCAGAAAAUGUUGUUUGCACUGCAUGAGUCAUGGGCCUGUGUUCUCCCUGGAAAACCAACCGCACUGUUGACACACACACACACACACACGCACACACACACACACGCACACACACACACACACACACUUCCAGGUUCUUUUACCCUGUUUUAAUGUUCCUACUGUGUUGUUCUUAAUGGGUUUGUUCAGAGCGUGGACCCUGCCUGUGGUUAAUAUUGUGCAUGGAUACAUUAGGACUGUUUCUCACUGCCAAAUACUGUGUGACUACUAUGCUUCUCAGUUUCUUGUAACUUUGAUAGUCUGUCACAGAAAGGAGGUAUUCCUAAAAAAAUGGCCAGAAGUCUACGGUGUUUUAAAGACGUUAUGUACCCGAUGAUAGUCCAUGCAUGAGUAGCUGAUUAGAUCACAUUCGAGGUCAAAUUAAGGAUUGUAUUUAUUAGAAAUGGAUCUAUUUUUGCAAGACUUUCCGAGACGAAAAGACAAAUGCCAACAACAAUGCCUUUGGUGUGGACUGUACAGCAUAUUUGUUACCGUGUGUCACGUGCAGAUUACGAUGCAUUGUUUUUCAGGUGAGCUGUGUUCCAACGUAGUGCUCGUUUCCUUUCCCGUCGUGAAGGUCCUUCUGUAAACACGUGGGUUAUCGUAUCAUGGAGCGUUGCUUUAAUAACGUUUCCUCUGUGGCGUUUAUCCGGGUCUAACCAUCUUUGGGUCGUUCACGAACACGGAAGACGCCAUUCUUGUUUAAACACACACGACUCCUCUCUCGCUGUGUGGCCGAGCUUCAGAGGACCUGUGGAGAGCCGAGCAACAGCGACUGCAACCAAAGAUGGUCUAGUUGGGAAAUCAAGUGCCUAAAUGUGAGACAUCACUGGCAUGUCUUUAUCUCACCGCACUGUGGGUGUUCAAGGGCGUGGGUCCAGCACUGGGAUGUGUGUGUGUGUGUGCGUGUGUGUGUGUGUUCAGUUAAUUUUCCCCUGUUGCUGCUGCCUGUUUGGAUGUCUUCUUUAACGUAGUCCUUUGUUGUAGUUUAUUCGUGUACGUUUUUAUAAAAUAAAGAAAAAAACGUACAAACCUUCA